UCAAUUUGUUACUUCAAACCAUCUGACUUAGAGGUUACUCUUAAACCCUCUCGUCAUUUCACUGCUAUCUGAUUUGCAGGAUUCAUAGGCUUAAGCAAACAUGUCCAACCUCAGUGAGGCAGAACUCAUUCACAAGUUUAAGGGGAUUUCCUUUACCUCCAGGUCUUCUCCAGAGCUUUUAAAUUCCUUGGAUGCUUUUGAUGCUAGAGAAGAUGAUGUCCUUUUGAUUUCCUACCCCAAAUCUGGCACUCACUGGCUUGCAGGAGUCAUAACAAAGCUUUACAAUACUCCCGUUACAUUAACAACUCCCAUUGAACUUGGAGACAUGUCCAAACUGGAGGAACUGAAUCAACUGUCGUCAAAGAGAAUCAUUCCAACACACUUAGACUACAACAUGUUGCCUCAACAUUUUAAGAAUAAAAAAUGCAAGAUGAUCUAUAUCAGCAGAAAUCCAAAAGAUACUGCAGUGUCCAUGUAUCAUUACUACCGAGAGAAUCCAAACCUUCCCACUGUAGAUACCUGGACUGCUUUCCUUGACUUGUUCUUAAAAGGAGAUGUUGUCUGUGGAUCCUGGUUUGACCAUUUCCUAAGUUGGGAAGAACAUAAAAAUGACAAAAAUAUACUGUUUUUGUUCUAUGAAGACAUGAAAAAGAAUCUCCCAAAGAUUGUGAAGGAAAUCAGCAUAUUCCUGGGUAUAAGCAUCAGUGAUGAAGAUAUCCAAGAUAUCUGCAAGAAAUCAUCCUUCUCAGAGAUGAAAAAGGACACAGAAAAAGAAAACAGUGACCCCAGUCACACCGUCUGUGCCCUGACAUCCAACAGGAAGCUAAUUUUCCGAAAAGGUACUGUUGGUGACUGGAAGAACCAUUUCACUCCAAAACAGAACUUACAGUUUGAUGAAGUAUUCAGUGAGAAAAUGAAACUCAGCAAAAUGGCAAAACAUCUCACCUAUGAAUUCUAAAUUCAUGGGAAGAACAAUACUUAACCAAAAAUGCAGAUAGAGAAAUUUUGGGAAAAUCUGGAUGAGAGCUAAAAGAAGUUCAAAGAAAAACAGCUGCUCUUGGAACUAAUUCCAUGAAGAUGGAAGAAGCACUGACCACGUUCAUUUACCUUGUUUACAUACAUUUAUCUUACCCAUCAGCCUUACUUUUCACAUAGUCAAAUGAUAGAAAUGUGAAGAAGGCUUGUAAAAUAGAGGUUUGGGGACAGGAAAUUCUGGCACAAUGCUGGAACUGAACUCAAUCAGAGGACAUAUUUACAUGGUUUUAUAGCCAGGUGUCAGACCUUUUUUUUUUUUACAACUAAAUCUACUUCAACAUUUAUUUAUUUUUUGCUCUAGGUGUAUACAAAUGGACUUCUUGGAUCAGGUUUAAAAAUUUUACCUAAAUAUUAAGAAAAAAAAUCCUGUAAUAAUCUGUAUGUCUAAAAGCACAUCAUAAAAAAUGACUAUUUAACCCUAGACUGAACCCCUUUCUCAUCUAUUGUGAUUUGGAAAGUGCCUAUUUUAUCAGACUUUGUUACUGAUGCUAGAACUGAAAAAUGUAGCAGUACAUUUGAAGAUUUGCAGUUAAGUUUGUGUAUAAAAUUUUGGUUUGUUUUGUUUGAUUUGCUUGUUGUUUUCUGUAACAGUAUAUGCUUCUCUGUUGUAACUUAUUUCUCUGUUAGAUAUUGUAUAAUAUCUGUAUUUUAAAUGAAACUAAUAUAAAUCCAUGCAGAUUUCA